AUGCUACGCGAUCUAUGUACAGUUGUAGAUCGUGUUGAUGACCGCUUCAAACAUAUAGAGAACAUUGGCACGGGAUCUUUCGGUAGUGUUACCAAGUCAUUAGAUACAAAGUUCAAGCGCAUUGUUGCCUUGAAAAGAUUAAAAGAUAACUAUCAGCAUGAAAUCGACGAAAAGAAGGUCGUCAAUGAAGUCACAAUUUUACGAAAGCUCAAUCAUCAAAAUAUCGUUAAACUCUACGAUGUUUUUUACGUAAAAUCUGAAGACGCUUAUUAUAUCUCAAUGGAGUAUUGCGAGCAGGACCUCCUUGCAUUACUAGAAACAGGUAAGCUUGAUGCUACCACCAUCAAAUUCUUCAUGAAACAAAUACUUGAAGCAUUAUCGUAUUUGUCCGCACAUAACAUUGUUCACCAAGACAUCAAGCCAGCUAACAUUUUAGUCCAGGGAGGGAAUACAAUCAAAUUUGCUGACUUCGGUUUAGCCACGGCUGUUGAUUCAUCCCUUUCCAUGACAAACUGCGGAACUGCCCCAUAUAUUCCGCCAGAAAAAUUCUUUGGUGCAACCAAUUUCGAUCCAUCUGCAGAUAUAUGGUCAACAGGUGUAUUAUUCUAUCAAUUAAUCAAAAAAGAGCUCAUUUUUGGUUCGAACAUGCAAAGCGACCUUAUCAUUAGAGAAAUAUUAAGGGUCUGCGGAGCACCAGAUACAAAGGCUUGGCCAGAAGUUCUUUCCUUAGAAAAUUAUGGAAGAUACAGCAAAUAUGCCUCAGAAACAUCUAAUCUCAGCUCAAAGUUCACCGCUGAGAUGAAAGCAGACUACGGACAGAUUAUUGAGCACAUUAAGUCAAUGCUCAAUCUUGUUCCUUCCCAGAGGCCAUCCGCUGCUUCCCUUUUGGCCACAAAUGACUUUGAAACACCUUUGACCCAUGUUCCAGUCACAGAAGAGUUUCAUAUUAGAAUAAGAAACAAAUCUGUUUCUCCUCUCAAAUUCUCACCUGUUGUCAGACCAGUUCUUCCAAGAAUCGAAUUAUCAUGUUAUUAA